AUGACUAUUGCGAAUCAUUCUACUGAAUCUUGCUGUUUAAAUGAAGAUGAUAAUGAGAAAGAUCGACGUCGAAGAAAUUUAUUAAAUAAUCCAAAUUAUGGAAUAGUUCUUUGUUUUCUGGAUAAAUUUCGAAGUGUACUUAAUUUACCGAAUUAUCCAUUACAAUGUUUUGAAGAUCAUCUUGUCAAUUAUCAAGAACCAAAUUCACCACGUCUUAUUGACUUUCAUUUUAUUCUUCUCAAACGAUUAUCCUUAGCAAAAAAUGCUCAACGUGACAAAUUCGAUUCAAUUAUUACUAAAUUUGCUUCUCGAUUUGAUGUAAACGAUAGUGAACAUUUAAAAACAACUGGUUAUUUACAAGCAGAUAUUAGUGUAAAAAUUCGAAUUAUAAAAAAUUUACUUGAAAGACAAUUUGAUGUAAAUCAAAUCUUAAAAAAUUCAUUAAUUGAUAAAUCAGCAGAUGAAAUAAAAUCUUCACCAUUAGGUCAUGAUCGUUUUGGUAUUUCGUAUUGGUUUUUUAUGGAUAAAGAUUGUUUUGUACGAUUAUUUCGUGAAGAUAUUGAUAUUGAUCGGACAUGGACUAAUAUUGCUAAAAAUCGAGAUGAAUUAGAAAAUUUUAUUAAAUUAUUGAUUACAGAUUCUAUUGUACGAAAGAGAUUUGCUGAUUGGAUUGUUGAUUAUGAACAAUUUUCUUCUUUACAACCAUCAAAUGAUUUUGAACAAUAUUAUUCUCCUACUCCAGUCAAUGUAAACGAAGAAGAAGAAGAAAUGAAUAGAAAAUGUGGACGACGGAAACCUUCGAAAAAAUUAUCAAACAAUAAAAUAGAUACAGAAAUAAAACAAGAAGUUAAAACAUCAACUCGUCGAGGUAGAAAACGAAGUUUUUCUGUUGAAGAAAAUCAAAAUCCACAAGCAGAACCAUCUAUGGAUGAUGUUUGCUCGUCAAUACGUCGAUCAUCACGACUUCGAAAAGCAUCAACUUCUCUUGUUACUUCUAAAACUAUUUCACAGGUAUGA